UGUGGAGGGCUUUGGUUAAUUUGGUGAUGAACCUUCAGGUUUCUUAAGUCGUCUAUUUAGUUAGAAGGUUCAUUGUUUGGUUUAUAAGAGCCUGCCACUGGCCCCUAUCUUAUGUCUGGGGAAUCCAGUCCAUACCCUUCUACCCAUUUUCCUUAACCAUUCUAAUAUCAUUCUGCCAUCCAUAUGUAGGGCUUCUGAAUAAUCUCUUCCCUUCAGGCUUUUAAACCAAAAUGUCAGUUUUUACUCAUCCAUAUAAGUACUUUUCCUCCUGUAAUUCAUCCAUCGUAUGUGAAAGAUUUGCUGUUAUGUGAAAGUCUCAGCAUAUAAUGGCAUAAUGCAAAAAUCCCAGGCAUAUUACAGAUUAAGUGUACAGCCAAUAUACAGUCAUAUUUUCAAACAGGCAUCUUAUUUCAAGCUGUGUGGAACACUGACAGAUGAAUCAGAAGUUGACAGCAAUUUACUGUGUCCUGCAAAGAGGCAGAAAUGCUUUCCUGACAGUCAUACACUUGCUGUACAGCAAACUCUAGAUACAAAAGAAAUAGCAUGCUCUAUAUCCACCGGGACCCUGAAAAAAAUUAGAAAAUUUUCAGCAUUUCACGAUGUUAUUGAAGAACAAAUGGAGUUUGGUGGUUCUUCCAAAAGAGAGAAUGUUGAAAAUAAAAAACAAAAGCAUGAAAUUAAUUUAUUUGAUACUUGGGAUUCAAAACGAGAUUCUGCUUUGCCUUGUGACAAAAGAGAUGAUAGUAAGCAACCUUCAAAUGUUCUGUUGCUCAGAAACCCCACGAAGACUGGAGACUGCAACAAUAUCAGCAAUAAUAAUGUCACUGUAAAGUACACUCCACUUGAGCAACAAGUUUUAGAACUGAAGAAACAACAUAGUGGGAUGAUUCUCAUGAUACAGACUGCUUAUAAGUACACGUUCUUUGGUGAAGAUGCUGAGAUUGCUUCCCGUGUACUGAACAUCAUGUUAUCACAGCACCACAACUUUCCUACAGCUAUUAUUCCAACAGUUCGAUUGCAUGUUCACAUCCGGAGACUUGUGGAGGAUGGUUACAGAGUUGGCGUGGUGAAUCAGGUAGAGACUGCAGCAGUGAAAGCAGCUGGGGAGAAUAAGAAUGCACUGUUUGCUCGGGAACUUGCUCAUGUGUAUACUAAAGCUACCCUUAUUGGAGAUGAUGUGGAUCCUUUAUCGCAAGAGGGAGAAUUUAUACAAGGAGCUAAUGUUGCAUGUUACAUCAUGUGCAUUGCAGAAUCUUCAACCACAGUAUCUGGCAGUCAGCAGAAGACGACUAAUCUGGCUUUAGUGGCAUUUGAUCCCAGCACAGGAGAGACAAUUUACGAUGCAUUUGAGGAUGGGCCUUGUCGAGAGGAGUUGGAGCAGCGGCUUGAACAUUUAGAUCCAUCAGAAAUUCUAGUACCUCAUUCGCUUUCCCAGGAAACGGAGCGCCUUGUGAAAUAUAGCUCUGCAAGAGUAGAUCGACUGGAAGAUGACUUAUUUAGCUUCACGGGUGCACUGGUGCAAGUAGCAUCUUUCUUCUGUAAGCAGGAUGGCUCAGAAUCUGAUUCACCCAAGUUCUGUGAAAUGACAGAUCUGUCACCUUUAACUGUGAUAUGCUUGUCUGUUUUGAUUCACCAUUUGAAGCAGUUUGGAUUGGAGCGGGCACUGAGAUCAGAUGCGUUACGAAGUUUCACCUCAAACUCAAGAUACUUGCAAAUGGAUGCUACAGUUCUUAGGAACUUGGAGAUAUUUCAGAGCAGUGUGGGUUCUUCCAAAGGAAGUCUGUUCUGGGCCCUUAACCAUACAAAAACAAAAUUUGGGUCAAGAUUACUUCAUGAGUGGGUGUCACAGCCCUUACGUGAUUUGACUGUGCUGCAGAGUCGGCAAGAAGCCAUUAGCGAACUUCUUCACUCUGAGUCUGCCAUUGUUCAUCAGUUACAGGAAAUUUUGUGUGGAAUUCCAGAUGUUGAUCGUGGCCUCACCACAUGUAUACAUCAGAGGUGUGGACCAGCAACUUUAUAUGCAGUUUUACAGACUUUGGGGAAACUACAGACAGAUUUGCAGGCAUUAUCUGCACUAGCUGAACAAGAUCUGCAGAGUACCUUGCUGCAGGAUUUGAUCAAGGAUACUGUAGAGCUGUUGUCCAAUAUCCAGCCUUUUAUCCAAAACCUAAAUCAACAAGCAGCUAGGGAUGGAGACAAGACAAAAUUACUUCAUGACUACUCUGCUUUUCCAUCUGUUACCAAGAGGUUAGAACAAAUUUUAGCAGUUACUCAACAUCUGGAGGACUUGAAGCCUGGUAUUGCUCACACAUUGGGACUUUUGAGGUUUGAUUAUGUGAUGGUGUCAGGUCAAGAAUUUCUUAUUGAGGUACAACAGAAGCAAAAGAAGUUAGUUCCACAUUCAUGGAGGAAAAUCAGCGAGACAAAACAGGUCAUUCGUUAUCGAACAUCGGAAGUAGAUACUCGAGUCAGAGAGCUGAAUCAGUUGAGAGAACAACUUGUGGCUGACUGUCAUUCUGCAUGGCUCAGCUUUCUUGCGGAGUUUAAUGCUCACUACUUUUCUCAUAAGAAAGCCAUAAAAAACAUUGCCAUGUUAGAUGUUUUGUUUUCACUGGUUCAAGUGGCAAAGCAAGAGGGUUAUUGCAAGCCUACGCUGGUAGAUGUGGAAGAAGUAAUUAUUGAUAUUGAAAAGGGAAGGCAUCCUGUGAUUUCUCUUCUUUUUUCAUCUGGUGAUCAGUUUGUAGCAAAUGGUACAAAAUUGAAGAGUUCUGAAGAAUGCUGCAUGAUUCUUUCUGGUCCAAACAUGGGUGGAAAAUCCUGCUAUAUACGACAAGUGGCUCUUAUUGCAGUAAUGGCACACAUGGGUUCAUAUGUACCUGCAGAAAGUGCAACAAUCAGUAUAUUGGAUUCUGUGUUCAUUCGUAUGGGAGCUAGAGACGAGUUGUUUCAAGGACAAAGCACUUUGCUGCUGGAACUGGGAGAAGCGUCUGUCAUUCUGCGUAAGGCAACUCGUCGUUCCUUGGCGCUGCUCGACGAGUUGGGGCGUGGCACGAGUUCUUGCGACGGAACUGCUAUUGCCGUUGCUACGUUACACCACCUCUUGACACAGGUGCAGUGCUUGACCCUAUUUGUUACGCACUAUCCAGUUGUAAUGGAAUUGGAGCGCCAGUAUAAAGGGCAAGCUCACAACUACCACAUGGCUUUCCUAGUUCAUGAUAAAGAGGAUAAGUCUCCUGAGGUAUUAACAUUUCUUUAUGAAGUGACUAAUGGAUCAGCAGGGCACAGUUAUGGAUUAAAUGUAGCACGAUUAGCUAAUCUGCCACCACGUAUAAUACAACACGCCUCAGAAAAGGCUCGAAUGUUGGAAUCAUUGGCAAGUUACAAAUGUUUUAUACGACAGCAUUUCCAGCAGUUAUGGCAAAGUAGUGACCUUAAGGGAAGUUUGAAAGCAUUCAGAUUGGCUGAACUUGAUCAUAAAGUUGUGAUGUCCAAGUAAUCUGUGUUCUGGUCGACUGUAUAUAUAUAUAUAUAUAUAUAUAUAUAUAUCCAUUAACUCUUUUAAGUAUGUACUUUGGAUAUUGAAUGAAGUGAAGGUUACUGACAACUGAAGUAACGACGCAUGUCAGUAUUUACAUGUGAACAUGUGCACACAACCACAUACAGUCUGCAUUACUUUUGUUACAAGCAAACCUUUAAGUGCAACCAUGGAGAUAACUGUACUGCGAUUGAAUUUCUUCAUUGUUAUCAUCAUUCAGAAAUUGCAGUAUAUUGAUUUGAAAUAAAAGGAGGGAAACCACCAAAUGAGAAAAACCCUACAUCAAGAACAUUAUUCUCAUAGUUACCAAUUUACACAAUCUGCCAGGCCUACGCUUGCAUGUCCACAUGAUUACUCCUGCUAACUUUGGGUGAAAAGGGUUCAGACAUGGCAACCACACCAGGGAAUAACACAGUAUAGCUGAGAUAAAAAGUUUCUCGGUAAUGAUGCUAGAUGGCAAAAUGUUCUGUACAAGAGAUCAAAGGAGUAAUUUGUAAUGCUGUCUUUUGGUUUUCAAGAUAUUUCAUUAUGACAUAGAGCAGAAUAGUUUCAAUGGAACAAAUUCUGUGUGAUGGAGACUGGACAUUAUUAUGUUACAAAGUGUAGGUAUAAUCCUGUUUAAUUAUUUGUUAAGUUACUUGAAGAAAGAAGUGUGAAAUAUUCAGAUAACUGGGUUUAGACAAUGGGAUGUGAUGUAUGAAAUAAGAUAUAUGUGGUCAGUAACAAGGAUGGGUUUUAGUGCUAAGGAGACGGAUGUAGAAGAGAUGAGAAAGAAAUGUGGAGGAAAGAAUGAAACAAGAUAAAAGUAUGAGGGAAGACACAGGAAAGGAAAUAAAGGCACACAAGUUAUUAAUAUAUUAAAGAAGUUAUUCCCUGUUGAAUUUCA